CAUGCGCUGACGAAAUUUCCCGGAUGGCACCCCGCCAUAUUUGUUUAUGAACCACUUAGCUUCCUGGACAAGGGGACUGAAAUAGUAUCCAUGGUGGGUUCUAGAUAAAAUAAUCUGUCUAGAGAGCCUCCAAAAUGGCGAGCGACUUUGAUCCAGAAGACAAAUACAGCUGGUAUUUUGGAACCCUUUCUCGAGAUGAAACGAAUGAGAUUUUGAACCCAACAGAUUCUGGGGUAUUUCUGGUCCGAGACAGUCAGUCAAUUAAGGGAGACUUUGUUCUCUGUGUCAAAGAAGAGAACAAGAUUAGUCACUACAUUAUCAACAGAAUCCAUGUAGGAAAUUCAACGCGGUUCAGGAUUGGUGAUCAGGAGUUCUCGGACAUAGCUAGUCUUCUAAGCUUUUACAAAACACACUACCUGGAUACCACAUCUCUAAUCAAGCCAGCACCCAGAGAGAGGGUCGUUGCCAAGUUUGAUUUUCCUGGAAGGGAUCCUGAGGACUUACCCUUUAGGAAGAGUGAGGUCUUAGAUGUGAUAUCUAAGGACGAGAAAGAUUGGUGGACAUGUCGAAACAGCAGAGGAAAUGUGGGACAAGUACCUGUCCCCUAUGUAUCUAAGUUUGAUCCUAACAACCCCCCAGUAGUCCCCCCUCCGCAAACUACAGUUCCGUCACCCCCGUCCCCCACCCCCACACAGCCAAUCAAAGAGAUUCAGCUUCCUGCUAAAGCAGUUGUCAUUCACCAAAGAAUACCAAGUGCAUAUGAUCGAACCCAACUUAAGUUAGAGAAAGGUGAAACUAUCAUUGUGACAAAAAUGAAUUCUAAUGGACUCUGGGAGGGUGAAGUGAAUGGGAAAAAAGGAAUGUUUCCAUUUACCCAUGUGAAAUUUUUAGAAGACAAUUCAGAGGAUGGGACAUAACAGAAAUCCUGCUUAUAUUAAACCAGUUGCCAAUUAUUUCUAUUGAUAGUGCUGAUGUAAAAAGAGGAAAGAGUCUGGGAGUUAGUUUCUUCCCUGGUGGUGCUGCAUUAUUAAUCCCAAUAACCAAACUAGCAGAAAUAAUGUUUGUCACUGUCCUUGUAACUGUCUUGUUUAGAUCAGUAGAGCAUGCAUAGAGAAGGUGGCAUCUUAAGCCUCCUAUCUAGUGCUUUCACUUGUGUGUUAUGGAAAGAGGACCAAGUGCUUGAAUCAUUGAUCAAAGAUGUUCAGAAUUUUGUUUUUGAUUGGGAGGGGGUUUUACAAAUUUCACAUGAAAUGGCAUUUUUGACCUGUUCAAGCAAAUUGAGUAGAGGGCUAAAAUGGGUAAAAGAAGAGUCUGUCAAACAUGAUUUUUACAGAAUAGGAAUACUGAAUAGUAAUAAUACAUGCUGGUCAUUUGAUAGAUCAUAUCAGUAUUACAAAGUGGUGAAUAAAGAUGUUUGUAAGCCUCAUAUUGUGAAUAUUUAUACAUGAAUUACUCUGCUCAUUCUGUAACCAAAUUUAUCCAUUUGAUUAUUAUUCAAAGAAAUCUUGUAUAGAAUCUGCCCUGUUCUUCCAGAAAUACAACGAAGGAAACGGAUUUAAAUAUUUGAUUCGUGUCAUUAUUAAAUAAAAUUGUCAGGAUCAAACGUAUUAUCCCUAUGGGAAGACAUUUCAUUUUGGUACCAUGUGUAUUGCUUCUUUGUGCUGUCAUACUGCAGAAUUUGAUAUGUUGUUUUAUGAUAUGAAAGAUUUUGGACAGGCAUCUUUACAAUUGUUUUUAUUUUUUUCUACAGAAAUUGAUUAAUCAUAGAGUGCAUUUUAAGGAAAAUAAAUUUUGAUACCCCAUUUCCUAAAAUUGAAUUGGCACACAGUCAUAUUUUUAUGUAUCAUUCAUGUCAGAAGUAAAAUUUAUCAAAGAGGGCAUCUUUUUGAAAUUUAUAAUGAAUUUUACACACAUCACAAUCUUGAUAUAUAAUUUUUUAUAUUAUGUAUGUUAUAAACUGCAAAUGGAUUAAUUUAUAUAACUGUUUCAUAAAUGCCUCAUAUCUUGUAGCUCUGUAAUUUUUCAUUUUAUUUAAUUCCUUAUAAUAAGUAUGUAUGUGUCCCAUUUGUAUGCUUAUAUCUGUCUUUAAUUUUAAUAGUAGAUUGAAAACUGUAUAUGAUAAAUAGAGUACAUGGUACAAUAGCAUAGCAGUGUACAUUUAUUUAAUUGUGACCAUUUAAUUCAUCUCAUGUACAUGUACCGUAUUUGCCAGGUUUUAUUGUCUCAGCUGUUUCUAUCUGAAACAGUUAUUUCCCCUUUUUUUGGACCAAUGCGUUUUGAUUUUUUUGCAGGCAAAGUAACAAUUAUUGUUUUGUGAAUCGCUCAUUGGUAUUGUAAAAUAUACAUACACAUAAAGCAUUUAACAUAGAACACCCGACCGGAUUAUGUUUUUACAUGAUUUUACAGUGAAGAUAUAUUAGUACUUCAUGUAAAUAAGAUUGAUUGUAUUGCAAAGUUAUUUUUUAAAAAUUGACAUGACAGCAAAAUUUAUCUGAACAUUUUUCGGUGUUUUGUUUGAAAUCAACUAGAAAUCACAGUUGACAAUUGUAGACUUUUAAUAUCCCUGUAAAAGUUGACUCUAUUCAGAAAGUUCUUUAAAAGAAAGAAAUCACAAAAAUCUGUCUGUCCUCACUAAAAUUCAUUCUGAUAAAAAUCAGCUCUUCUGAUACGCUAACCAUAGCAUAUCAGAAAAGCUGGUUUUAAUCAGAUUGCUCUUAAAAUUAGCAUCUACAUUACACUUCACAUGAAUGAUAAACCUGUGUUAAGGAAGACUUUGCCAAGUUACUGAAUGUGUUUAGUAUAAAUCUUCAGCUAAUAAGUUUAUAGUGUUAUGUAAACAUGUAAAAGGACAUUAUGUUUGCAUGUGUGUAGGGUUUUUUAUUCACUGAUGAAUGUUUAGUUAGUGUAAUCAAACUUCAGAUCUAAUUGAUUAUCAAAAUACAAGUGAUUAAGAUACAUGUACCAGAAGAUUAGCAAUAUGAGACGAGUCUUUUUCUCCAAGAAUUUUGUUAUUAUUUAUAAUUUUUCAAAUGAAAAAAGAUUAUGUCUUUAGAAUCAAAGACAUUUCAGUGCUGUGAAUUAAGAAAAUUAUUAAUAGUGUUAUAGCAUGAAAAAAAAAACUUGUACAACAAAUUACUGAAUACCUGUUAUUAAACAGUAGCGUUUAAAUGUUGAAAUAUGCAAAACUCUGUAUGUUUAAACAUGCAAUGUAUGUUAUUUAUAUAGUUAAAAGGUUAUUGUGAAUGACAAACAUUCAGAACUUAGUUACCAAAGGAAUGCAGAAUUUUGUUUACAAGGUAAAUACGGAUGUGAAGUCCUGAUUGUGUUUAAAGCUGUAACAAAGUUGCUGAAAAACUGCUAUCUCGGAAUAAAAGUUCAUUUGCAUAUUAGAA